AAUCUUCUUCUGCUCAGUCUUCUUCUGUUCUGUUGUGUAGUACAGUAGAGUAAUUGUGUUUUUAUCUUGGAGUAUUUGUUAGUAUAUGUUUUCAACUUUGACUAGCAUUGCUGUGUCAACUUGAUUUUGGAAUUGGAUAUUUGAAUUUCUUAUUCCAAUUUCUGAUUUGUAUUUACAAAUCUUGUCUAUUUCUCACCCUUGUUAAUUUAUAUUCCCAAUCAGAUCACUCAUUCUCAAACAUUUGGACUUGUGCUUCAUUUUCUGAUUCACUUCUGAAUUAUUUUCAAAUGCUAAUGCAUACAUCUUAGAUCAACACAGCUCACGCGUGGCGUCUAGGCAUCAAAUACCUCCACAUGAUGUCUGCGCCUCGCCACCGUGCUCAUUUCAAGAAGCCAACUUGGGUUUUUCUCUUCAUUUUCUUGGUCAGCUUGUUCCUAGUUUGUGCCUAUGUCUACCCUCCACGCAAUACGGCUGCAUGUUAUGUAUUCUCAUCUGCCAGUUGCAAAGCCUUGACAGACUGGUUACCACCUGCUCCUGCAAGAGACCUUACAGAUGAAGAGGUUGCUUCUCGUGUUGUAAUUAGAGAUAUUCUUAAUACACCACCAGCAAUAUCAAAACCCCCCAAAAUUGCUUUUAUGUUCUUAAUCCCCGGUGCAUUGCCUUUUGAGAAGUUGUGGGACAAGUUCUUUCAGGGGCAUGAAGAUAGAUUCUCUGUCUAUGUUCAUGCAUCAAAGGAAAAGCCAGUACAUACUAGUCGUUUCUUUCUUGAUCGAGAGAUCCGCAGUGAAAAGGUAGUUUGGGGUGGUAUAUCAAUGAUUGAUGCAGAACGACGACUUUUAGCAAAUGCACUUAAAGACCCAGAUAACCAGCAUUUUGUGUUACUUUCUGACAGCUGUGUGCCAUUGCAUGAUUUCGACUAUGUGCACAACUAUUUGAUCUACACAAAUGUCAGCUACAUUGACAAGUUUAGGGAUCCUGGUCCACAUGGGAGUGGCAGGUAUUCAGAACGUAUGUUACCUGAAGUCGAAAAGAAAGACUUUCACAAAGGUGCCCAGUGGUUUACAAUGAAGCGCCAGCAUGCUCUAAUCAUUACUGCGGAUAGUCUAUAUUAUACACUGUUCAGAGAUUUCUGCAAGCCAGGUAUGGAAGGGAACAAGAAUUGCUAUCCUGAUGAACACUAUCUGCCCACUUUUUUCCAUAUGCUUAAUCCACUUGGCAUAGCGAAUUGGUCAGUCACACAUGUCGAUUGGUCUGAAGGGAAGUGGCAUCCGAAGUCGUACAAAGCUGCAGAUGUCAGCAUGGAACUCGUAAAAAAUAUUACUUCUCUUACCGAAAAUGUUCACGUGACAAGUGAUGAAAGGAAAGAAAUCCAGAUCAGACCUUGCCUGUGGAAUGGAGAGAAACGGCCCUGUUACCUGUUUGCACGAAAGUUCUUACCAGAAACUCUAGACAAAAUGGUGCUUCUUUUCUCCAACUACACAACAUAUACGUGAGGAUGAUGAUAUUUAGGUGGGGAUCGGUUUUGUUUUUAGCCGAUUCAUCUUAGUUACUCAUGUAGCUUACAUUGUUGUAAAUUUUGCAAAAGGACUAAAGCAGAAGGUAUAUACGGUGUCAGGUUUUUCUGACUUGGGGAUCAGGGAUAAGUUAGUAAUCAGCAUCUUUUUCUCUAUAUACUUGAGUUUCUGGUACAGAAAUUUUGUGCAGUGGCAUUUAUAUUCAGUACAAUAUAGAUUGGUUAUGUGAGGUCACAGUGGUGACGUCAACACGUAAUGAAUUUGAUUUUUGAAGUAUAGUUUCUUAAUCUUAAUGUAAAAAUGAGGGAUUGAUUUAGAUUCAA